AUGGGUGAUAGUCCUGGUUCCAACGUUAAUUAUCAAAUGGAAUAUGAAAGUCAGAAAUUAGAAUUUGACAACUAUGAAAACACACAAAGAGAUAAUAGUAAUCGGUAUUGGAAAAAUAGUAAUCCGCGGCGUGACCGCAAACGCGUAUGGAACUUGGACGAACCUCACGAGUACAGGGCGGAAGAAGAUAGGCGCGAUAUGCAUCAACCGAAUAACACAGAUCAUAGACGCCAGAGAAAUGAUUUUUAUAAUCAUAGGAACUCUCAGUGCAGUAAUAGAGAUCGCGGACCGCGAGAGCAAAGGCGUUAUGGAAAUGACAAUUAUUUUAGAAGGAAUGGUGGCGAUAGAGACAACCGAAAUUGGCGCGGACACGCAAAUUACAAUUCGGAACGCGGUGCUCACGCAGAAUACAGAGCAUCGAGCCCACGUGAUAAUUAUGGCCAUAACAAUUAUGAGAACCAAAACAGUUAUGAUGAGGGGACAAAUCAAAAUUGGAAGGAUCACAGAAAUUCCAAUUUAGAGCGUGGCGAAAAUGUAGAAAUCAGACCACCCAACCCAAUUAGUUUUAAUGGAAGAAAAACUGACUACAUUGUUGAACAUUCUGAUACUAUUGUUCCAACAACUGAAGAAAAAAUAAUAGAUACAGAAAAUACUUUAGAAUAUAUUACAGUUAAGAAAGUAAAAACUAUUACAGCGAUUACAAAUGACAGGCAACCACAGUUGCUAGAUCUACAGGCUAUAAAAAUAAUAAUACAAUUCCAUCCAUCAGUGCCAAUAUAUUACAAUCAUUAA